AUGGCCGCCUCAACACCACCCCCAGCGUCAAUCUCCGUCCUCUGCGGCACCCUCCAGACUGCGACGGCCCGCGCCAUCGAUGCUCUCCGCGAUUUUGUCAUCUACUACCCCUCGGCCCGCUUGGACCUUGCGUCACUCUCACGCGAGCUGGCUGAGCUCCAGAUGGUCUCGCGACUGCUGCACCACAAUGCCGAAACCCUCGAUGCGGGCACCGCGACACUCCCCCAACGCCUCGAGGCUGCAUUGAGGGGAGUCGUCGAGAAGGCGAGCGCCCUUUUGGAGGAGACAGAUGAUGCGCUUGAACCUGGGAGGAAGCCCGAGGACAGGACCCCGGCUUGGCUGGAGCACACGGCCGAAAGGCUGUCGCCGCUGGCUCGAUUGGCCGAAAGCUUGAGAAUUGCCAUGAAUCUUGGAUUGGACGGGAUACUACUGGCCAUCAACUCUGAGCCCCACGACGGUCGACGAGAACUCCCUGGGUACAGCAGCUCCCAGAUCCUACAGGAAGCAGUGUCGUUGCGAUCGCGAGUGGAGGAAGACUCGGAUAGUGAAGAUUUUCGUGUACAGAGCCAGAGGCCAACACUUUCCGAGUUUGCCGAUGCCAUUCAAGAGUACAUUGAGCAGACCUCAACAGCGGCACCAGACGCACCACCAGAGGCGCCUCCGCCGUCGAUAUCACCACCUCCUUCACUGGGACCUCCUUCGGGACCUCCACCAUCAUUUGGCGAAAGUCUCAGACAAAAUUCUAGUAACGCGACUCUUGCUACAGCCCCCGAAACAACCGGCUCGUCUGAAGUUGAUGAGCCCCCCAUCCCCGAAUACAAUGCUAUUGGAAUCACCAACCCGAGUCCCCUGCGCAUCAGCCUCCGACAUCUGGCGAAGAAGGAGCUCUCCAAUCAUGAGGUGAUUGAGGUGGCGUACCUCAUCCGCAGCGACAAGCCCACCAUCGCCGUCUGCACCAUGGAGUCGCCUACUCGCUUCUACGACAUCAAUGCGAACCAGGUCUCGUGCUUGCAGAACCAGCAUGGAGUCAACAUGGUUUUCUCGAGGAAUGGGCGUCAGUGGGCGUAUCUCAGCGAGGAGGAUGGCAGGGUUCUUAACCCCCAGAGCCACGAUGGCAAGAAUUUCAAGAAGCCCGUCAUUCACCUUGGUGACUACAUCAAUGGGAGGAGGGUAUCCAUGCCCAAGUGGCCUGGCUCAAAGCCAUUGUCCUUUUCUCAGGAUGGGAAAUGGCUUGCUGUGGGCACGACCCGGGGCCGAGUUGGGCUCUUGGAUUGCCUGAACUUCAAUAAGACUUCGGUCGUGAUACCCUGCCAUCAGGACGAAGUGACGCAUGCCGUCUUCACUCCUGACAGCAAGAUACUGGUCACUCAGUCUCGCGACGGAAUGAUCCGCUUGACUGACACGGAGACGCGCAAGGCCAUAGCCAAGCUCGAGACUGACACAUGGAAGAAGCCCAUGUUCUUGGGUGUCUCACCUCAGGGCGAUAUCAUCGUCUCUAUCUGGGGCGACACCAUCUUCCACUGGAACCACGGGACACAAGCUCUCGAGUCGUUUGAGCUUAGCAGCCGCAGGACGCGCGAGGGUUGGCCUAUGGCCAUAUCCCCCGACUGUCGCUUCCUCUGCUGUCGAACCGAUGAUGGCGUUGACGUGAGCGACCUAUAUUCUGGUCGUGUGCUGUACACUAUCAAGUUCCAGAGUGGCUAUGCUACUACUGCGGCGUUUAGCUGGGAUGGACGGUAUUUGAUCUUGGGAAAGGCGGCGUCAUGGAUGGGCUUCAGAGUUGCCAUGUCGACCUUGGAUGUGUGGGAAUUGGUGUUUUAA